CUCUUUCUCUUUCUCUUACCGACCCGUCUGCGCGCUUGGCACUGUCCGGGGAACCCGCCUUGGCUUUCACAUCGCCGAAUAGAGCCGAAGAAGGACGGUGCCGCAGACACAUCGUGCUACGUUUUUUUUGUUUUUCCUUCUGUUAUAGCAGAAAGUGAAGGAGGCUUGUUUUUAAGUUAACGCGGUGUGCGAUGUUGAGACUGAUCUUCUUGGCCGCCCUCGCCGGGUGCACCCGGGCCAGUGAUGUGCUGGAGUACACGGAUGACGAUUUCGAAAGCAAGAUCGGAGUCCACGAUCUCAUUCUUGUGGAAUUCUUUGCCCCAUGGUGUGGCCACUGUAAGCGGCUAGCACCUGAGUAUGAGGCGGCCGCCACACGGCUGAAAGGCAUCGUCCCUAUAGCCAAGGUUGACUGCACAUCCAGCAGCAACGUAUGCAGCAAAUACGGUGUUAGUGGCUACCCAACCCUGAAGAUCUUCAGGGACGGAGAAGACUCUGGACCCUACGAUGGACCCAGAACAGCAGACGGGAUUGUCAGCUUCCUAAAGAAGCAGGCUGGCCCAGCUUCUGUGGAGCUCAAGGCUGAGGCAGACUUUGACAAGUAUGUUGCUGAACAAGACGCAAGUGUUGUUGGGUUCUUUGCUCCUGACGAGAGCACAUCACAGGCAGAGUUCCUGAAGGCAGCCAGCGCCCUGAGGGACAACUAUCGCUUCGCCCACACCAACUCCGAGGCGCUCCUCCAGAGCCAAGGCAUCGACGGAGAAGGAGUCGUCCUGUUCCGCCCACCACGCCUUAACAACAAGUUUGAAGACAGCUCCGUCAAAUACACAGAGGGAACAUUCACCAGCAUCAAGAUCAAGAAGUUCAUUCAGGAUAACAUCUUUGGGAUUUGCCCCCACAUGACAGACGACAACAAAGACCAGCUGAAGAGCAAAGACCUGUUGGUGGCUUAUUAUGACGUUGACUACAACAAAAACCCCAAGGGCUCAAACUACUGGAGGAACAGGGUGAUGAAGGUGGCGAAGAGUUUUCUGGAUCAGGGAAAGAAGCUGAACUUCGCCGUGGCCAACAAGAACAUGUUCAGCCACGACGUGUCCGAGUUCGGCCUGGACGGCAGCUCGGGGGAGUUGCCCCUGGUGGCCAUCCGCACCACCAAGGGAGACAAAUACGUCAUGGCCGAGGAAUUCUCUCGUGAUGGAAAAACUCUGGAGCGUUUCCUGCAGGACUACUUUGAUGGCACGUUGAAGCGCUAUCUCAAAUCCGAGCCCAUCCCAGAGGACAACGACGGACCUGUCAAGGUCUUGGUGGCAGAAAACUUCGACUCCAUCGUCAACGACGACAGCAAAGAUGUACUGAUCGAGUUUUACGCCCCGUGGUGCGGACACUGCAAGAGCCUGGAGCCCAAAUACAACGAGCUGGGAGAGAAGCUGGCCGAUGAUCCCAACAUUGUCAUUGCCAAGAUGGACGCCACAGCCAACGAUGUGCCAUCUCCAUAUGAAGUCAGCGGAUUCCCCACAAUCUUCUUCUCCCCUGCUGGACGUAAGAUGAACCCAAAGAAAUACGAGGGUGGUCGUGAAGUGAGCGACUUCCUCUCCUACCUGAAGAGAGAGGCCUCCAACCCCGUGGUGGUGCAGGAGGAGGCCAAGAAGAAAAAGAAGAGGAUUGAGCUAUAAAAGCACCAAACAGGAACUCUACAUCCCCCCCAUUGGACAGGAGGAGGUUUGGGGAAAUCCAUGCAGAGAAAGAACUAAAUUAUAUUCCACUCUCUUAGUGAACUACCGAAUGCUCUGAAGCCAAGUCAAAAAGACGCGGCCCCCCCCCCUUAGGUCCUCCGCCGCUCUGGGGAAACUGUGGAAGGUGGAGAGGUGGUGGCCAGGGCCUGCCUCAUGUUUAAAAACAAAAACAAAUUUUUAGGGAAGUGGGGACAGCUUUUUGAAAUAUUGAGAUUUUUAUUUCCCCUUGGUCUGAUAUCUACACCUCAGGCUGAUGCACUUUGGCUUUGGUUUGUCACCAGUCAUCUGUCGCUUUGGUUUUUGUUGUUGUCGUCACGGGAUAAUGGUAAUGGUGAAUUCCUUUUUCUUUUUUUUUUCCUGUUUUUGUAACACGUCUUUGUUUUUGUACAUUUGGAAGGAUUAUGAAAUAAAUGGCCCACAAAACCAAA